CAAAGAUCUCAAAAAAUCUCGACUGCCUGUGGCGCAUGCAAGCAGAGGAAAACAAGGUGCACCGGCGGCCAGCCGUGCGACGCGUGCGGAACGAGACGAACUCCCUGUGUCUACAAUGCAAGCUCUGAUCAGAGAAGAAAAAUCGCAAAUCAGCGCAACGUACAUGAUCUAGCAGAAUCGCAAGUCAACCUCAAGCGGCACCAACAACUGCUUGGAGGUAUCAUUGCUACACUGAAAGCCGGGGACGACGAAUCGACCAGAGAUUUGAUUCGAGUCAUUCGGAGCGGUGUUGAUUUGUCGCAAGUAGCUGCUCAUGUACGAAAUGAGUGUCGAGCGAACGUAGAGAUACAACAUGCCUACGAUGAAAUCAUAUUUCACAUUGAUGGCCCACUCGAACUCCCCUCACCUACCCAGUUACUUUCCGAGAUCCCACUGAAUGAAGACUCACACUUCCCAGAGUCGAUAGGGUCAGAAUCCAGUGAAAAGAAUGCGAGCAUGGCUUCC